CUUAGAAACAGCUUCUUAGCUCAUCUCUCCCAAAAAAAGGAGAGGAAGGUUUAACAGAUGCCUCGACCGGGAAGAAACACGUAUAGCGACCAGAAGCCUCCUUACUCGUACAUCUCGCUCACGGCUAUGGCUAUCCAGAGCUGUCCGGAGAAGAUGCUUCCUCUGAGUGAAAUUUACAAGUUCAUCAUGGACAGAUUUCCUUAUUACAGAGAGAACACCCAACGAUGGCAGAACUCCUUGCGGCACAACUUGUCUUUCAAUGACUGUUUCAUUAAAAUCCCUCGUCGCCCGGACCAGCCUGGGAAGGGGAGUUUCUGGGCCCUGCAUCCCAGCUGUGGGGAUAUGUUUGAGAAUGGCAGUUUCCUGAGGCGCCGCAAAAGAUUCAAGGUGAUGAUCUCCGGCCAGCUGGUAGCGGGGAAGCCCUCGGAUGCUACCCACUACCUCCAACAACAAGCUAAACUUCGGCUGAGCGCCUUGGCCACUACAGCCACUCAUCUGCCACAGAUGUCCAGUUACAGCCUGGGGAUGUCACAGCCUUCCACCUUCAAGCAUCCUUUUGCCAUUGAGAAUAUCAUUUCCAGAGAAUUUAAGAUGCCAGGGGGACUGCCUUUCCCCCCAAUGCAACCGGUGUCAGCCGGCUACUCUCUGCAUAAUCAAUUAGCCAGCGCUUGGCCCCAUAUGUACAGUACAAACGCGAUCGAUACAGUAGCUCAUAUUUCAAUGACGAGCAAUGAUUAUAGUGCCUUCGGGAUUCCUGUGAAGUCCCUUUGCCACGAUGGACAGACUUUACCGGCUAUCCCAGUGCCAAUAAAAGCAACGCCCGCGCCACUGUCAAGUCUUUCGGCAAUACCAGCACAUAUCCCGGCUUUCGCGCAGAACUGUUCCCAAUCCCUCAGUCCCACGUCCCAUCAGACAGCGAAUAACCGGCAUAUAAGCAGUCCUCUUCGUGAAAGGACGCUGGCAAACUCCGCCGUGAAUGAGUCUGUGGCAGUGCACUGAUACGGCUAAACCUUCAGGUUUUUUAGCCUGACAAAGUCUGCACCGAUUGCCAAGAUUUGUUUUCCCUGAAAUCAGUGAAAACCGGAACAUUCAAGACGAGAUAUAAAACUGUGAAGGCAGGGUGUGUGCAUUUCGCAGUAAUGCCUAUACUCAAUUGUCCGAAUUUUAAAGUUCUAUAACUGCGUCGGAACGUUGUAUUCAGUUGACGGGAUUCGAUCUUGAUUUUUCAGGACACUGAGUAGCGAUGUGUUAUUAAGCAGCUGUUGACAUUGGCCAGUUUAUCAUUAAUAUGACGAGAGCGAGGUAUUCUUGCUGUUGGCAUUGUUUGCUGACACAAAAGCAAAGAAAAUAAGCAAAGACAUACUUUACAAUGAUAAAUAAAAGGCGGAUCUAAUCGUUG